UUGGCCUAGAGUGGAAGGGUAUCUAUUGCUUGUGGAGGCAUGAGGAGGCCGAUCAAUCACAUGUGAGAAUUGAUUCAAUGUAUCAUGAUGGCUAAGAUACAUGUGAGAAUCGAAUCACGAGCACAAUAUGUCUCAUCCUGGACAUUCUACGGCAUCAUUAUUUGUGGCGCAGUGGUUUGUACGACUCAAUUGAGUGUUAUAUUAAGCCGACAUUCCGAAGGUCUUCUCUGCCGCCACAUCACGUUGUUUCAGUGUGCUGGAUAUAGGUUCCUCCUAGAGUUUACCUAUUGAGACAGAUACUUCAAUCACAUUCUCUAGGAUAUCGAAUCAAACCGAAAACACUCGCUUCAGAA